ACAAUCAAAACGAACUUCUCGAAGUUCUUAUCAAAACUACUCUUGCCAUGAUUAUUGAAAUCAAUCUCACUUUCGAAGUAGAGAUAAUUACAGAAAUAGAAGUUAGUCACAAGACAGAAACCACUACAGAUUUGACCAAGCCCCUUCCCAAGAACGUAGUAGAGAAAGAUCUUACAGACCUUCCAACUGAUCACUCUUACCCUAUUAUCACAAU